AUGACCCGCUCUUCUACAAAAGAGUUGGCGAAUUACGACCCAGAAACUGAAAAAUCUCUUCGAUUGCGCAGGAAAGGACAAACAUCAUCUCCUCAAGGUAUAGCUUGUGAAGAAAUGGAGAAUGAAGAGCUUAACAAUAACCAUUUUCCACCAUAUCAAUGGUCCUCUGACAGAAUGAUUGUUAAGAAAGUAGCAGGAGUCAAUCAAGUUGAAGCUUGGAAUUCAUUAGCGCAACAAAUUGCAACUUUGACACAAAAAGUUCAGGCUUUUCAGCAAAGCCUUGAAGACAAGAUGUACAAAUUCAUUAAGGCUACUGACAAGAAGGUUGAAAGUCAAAAUUCAGCCAUCAAGAAUUUGGAAAUCCAGAUGAGCCAAUUAGCAACCCUCAUGUCUAGACAAAUAAAAGGUGAUCUGCCAAGUAACACUAAGAAAAAUCCAAAGGAACAUCUCAAAGCCAUCUUUCUGCGGUCAGGUAAAACUCUUGAUGAUCCAUAUGCAGAUAGACAAAGAAAGCCACAAGAAGUGGAACAGGUAAAUAAAGGUGAGAAUAAAAGAGACUCUGAACUUCUAAAAGAACAAAAAGAUAAAGGAAAAAAGGUACAAGAAAAUGAAUUGAUGACAAAUCCUCACUUUGUACCCCUCCCUUUUCCCCAAAAGCUAAAAAGAGAAAAGCUUGACAAACAAUUCUCAACGUUUUUAGAAAUUUUAAAGCAUCUUUACAUUAACAUACCUUUUACAGAUGCUUUGAAUCAAAUACCGGCAUAUGCUAAAUUUCUUAAAGAAAUUUUGUCAAGUAAUAGAAAAUUGGAAGAAGUUUCAGUGUUUAAGUUUACAGAAAAAUUUAGUGCUAUACUUCAAAAUAAGCUUCCACAAAAACUUGGUGAUCCAAGCAGUUUUACAAUUCAUUGUACUUUGGGAGGUGCUCAUUUUGAAAAAGCAUUAUGUGAUUCAGGUGCUUCAAUAAAUCUAAUGCCUUUUUCAAUUUUCAGGAAAUUAGAACUUAGUGAAAUGAAGGACAUUGUUGUGUCUCUGCAAUUGGCUGAUCAAAAACAAGAAAGAAAACUGAUUGAGGUGUUGAGAGAACACAAAAGAGCCUUAGGAUGGACUAUAGCUGACAUCAAAGAAAUCAGUCCAGCUAUUUUCACGCAUAGGAUACUUAUGGAGGAUAAUUACAAGACAAUAGUCCAACCCCAUAGGAGAUUGAACCCAACAAUGCAAGAAGUUGUCAAGAAAGAAGUAGUAAAACUUCUAGCGGCGGGUAUCAUUUAUCUGAUAUAUGUCAGUCCUUGGAUACCAAUUGCUCCAGAGGAUCAGGAGAAAACCACAUUCACAUGCCCCCAAGCUAUGACUGAAAAGUUUCUUGAGAUCUUCAUGGAUGAUUUCAUACUUUUUGGUAAGACAUUUGAAGAUUGUCUCUAUCAUUUAACUUUGGUGCUUAAAAUAUGUGAAGAGACAAAUCUAGUUCUUAGUUGGGAGAAAUAUCACUUUAUGGUAACAGAGGAAUUUGUUUUAGGACAUAAAAUUACUGUUAAUGGAAUAAAAGUUGAUAAGGAUAAAAUUGAUCUUAUAACAGGAUUACCUCCUCCUACCACCAUUAAAGAUGAUUGUAAAAAGGCAUUUGAGAUUCUCAAGAAGCAGUUGAAUAAUGCUCCAAUAGUUGUUUCUCCUGAUUGGAGCCAACCAUUUGAAAUAAUGUGUGAUGCAAGUGAUCUAGAAGUUGGAGAGCCAUUAGAACAAACGAGAGACAAGAUUUUCAGGCCUAUCUACUACGCCAGUAGAACCCUCAAUGAAGCUCGAAAGAAUUAUGCCACAACUGAGAAGGAUCUACUUGCAGUAGUAUUUGCAUUUGACAAAUUUCGGUCCUAUUUGAUAGGAACGAAGGUUACAGUAUUUACUGAUCAUGGUGAUUUAAAGUACCUCUUAGCAAACAAAGAUCCUAGACCCAGAUUGCUAAGAUGGAUACUUCUUUUGCAAGAAUUUGAUCUUGAAAUAAAAGACAGGAGAGGUUUAGAAAAUCAGGUAGAUGACCAUUUAUCAUGUUUGGAAAAUCCUCCAACGGAGACAACAUAUAUCAAGGAGGAAUUUCCUGAUGAGCAUGUUUAUACAAUCGCAACAGUUACAAAUCAUACACCUUGGUUUGAUGACAUUGCCAACUACUUAGUUGGAGGAUGGAUCCCAAAAGAUUUCUCUUACGAACAACGAAAAAAACUCAAAAAAAGAAAUAAGCCAUUGUCAUGA